AUGCCUCUGGUUGACCCUGCAUAUAUCAUAGAAGCUGUACGGUGCUACGAAAUCAAAUUGACAAACUGCCUUCAAACUUUAGUUUCAUCUCCCGCUUCUAAUUUCUUUAACGAGUUUAAUCGACGAUCUAAGGCCACCACCCAAAGAACUGAAGCAUCACUGGAUUCAGCGUAUCCGACCGCAAGCCUUGCUAAACAAUUUCUAGAGUUCCCUCCCCUUGACCGGUUCGACGAGACUUUCAACAGCCACUUGAGGAUGAACUUCCUAAAGAUCUUUGACCUCCUUGGUGGGAUGGAUGAAGGAGUAUCGCCCUAUGUGUUGAAUAAACUUUUGAAUAGCGACGGCAAAGUUAAGUACUGCGUAAAUAGGCCUAUCCUCGAAUCAUUGAGUGCAUUCAGGCUCGAUAGAAUUUGCAAGGCGCCUGCUGAGGACAGGGCUUCCAACGGGCCGUACUACGGUCCGUACAAAGUGAACCGUAACGGUCACGUGUUCAGUACGAACAUACCGAGUUCUUACGAUACGUACACCUACCUCUCCUCCUCCCUGUCAUACGAACGUACACAAAAUCUCACCCGUACAGGCCUCAAAAUCGCCCAAUCGUACAGUACUACGCCUCGUUGGAAGCCCUGGCUGAGGAUGUGGUUCGGAGGUCUCUACGCCAUCUUCAGAGACCCUUGGAAGAAAAUUAUUCACAACUAUUCUAGAAGAUUUACAAGAGACCAACUUCGAAGAGGCAGUCGGCCGAAAACUUAUUACCAUUUCUGGCAAUCUAGCAAUCUACCACAGGGACCACAGAGGAUUGCCUUGGCACACUAUAUCGUUCAGCAAUACUUGUGCUGGGGGUUUCCUCAAAAAGUUGGCGACAAUCUAUCAUCUGCUCAUUUUGGCUUAGCUGCUACGGACCUCGAGAUUGCAGAAAUAUGCCUUAUAAUUGCUAAAGGAGCGUGCCUGUGGACCAAAUGUACCCGAGAGAGUGAGAGAGGUACCAUGAAUACGAGCAGGUGGUGGAGCUCGGAAAGCUCCGUAAAUGCAAACACAUAUCUUUCCUUCUCCGACUCUGAACCGAGAAAAUCGUAUGAGGUCAAAUUUCCUUUCAGCCGUACUCCCGAGGUGUUGCACAAUAGUGUUCCAAGAGAUGAGGUACUGCGAGUGGAACCGGUCCUCACUUCCAAUACGUUACACAUGUCUCAGACCCCCUCAUGCUGGGGCAAUUCAAAAUUCUUACCUUGGAUCGGCACCUUUGAGUUUCGCCCAUGGAAUCUUCGAACCGUGCGACAAGAAUGGUCCAAAUUUGAAGGAGAAUAUCGACCUUGGCUUCAGCCCUAUUCUAGAUGCAUAAAUUUUGACGGCCUUUGCGACCACUUGAGAUGGAUGGAGCCAAAGCUAGCUAGGUGGUACCGGCGGGAAAUUCCUUUUAAUAUUAUCGCAGUCUCCAUCCCCAUCUCUGUAACAGAAGUUCUGGACUGGUGCACUGGCGUACGACCCUGCCUGUCAUUCUUCGGGAUGGACACUCAAGUCUCUUUUUAUAAGCUCCAUAUUGGGCGAGGCCAUGAUCUUGACCAAUUCGAACGACAACCAAAAUGUCGUCAAAAGUAUUAUCGCUCCCGGAUACCCUAUCCUAUGAUUAGCCGUCUCUCGCUGUACUCCAGGCGUUUCGACGCCUCAGCCCCACCCACAACAACCUCUUGCUUAGGAUGCUGUGCUACCCAACACUUGGAUCUUAAUCUCACACUUACAAUUCCCAACUGUCACAUAAGAUUGACAUCCCCGGCUCUCGUGCUUGAUCCGCAUUUUAGAGGAAUCCUCUCUACAUAUAUGAGAAUCUGCCUAAUAUUACCCACCAACGACGGUAAUGAUGUCAGUCUUAAGAUUGAUAAGGAAUAUCCGGCUAUUUCAGGGGCGAAACGAACGCUUCUACGGAAUUACGAAGCACAACAAUUAUCCCGCGCGCUUCUCCGCGCAAUGCUCUCCCACCCGGAAAUUACCUCUCUAUUCGAUAAAUUUGAAGCAUCAAGUCUUCACCGUCUGAAAGAUACCAUCAACAUAGGCUUAGUGGAUGUACUUUGGCAUCUUAAACCCUUCUACCAAACUUCAUACGUAACCCGUGGCACUGGAGUAAUGCAAAAUAUGCACUACACCUCACUAUCGGGAGGGGUAAUCAAUGCCGAAACGAACCUUUUGCAAGCAAUGACCGCAUACAUUCUCGACGAGGCUUACAAGAAAGCAGCAGACUUGUCAACAAGCAAGAAGCUUGAUAGCUUUUGCUUCGAAAGACGUUCUGGAGCUAUGCUGGGUUGCAUACACAUCUCUGCAACAGCACUGCAGCCGCUGCUUAAGCGCCUCAGUAUACUGUACGAGAAAGGAGCUAGUCUUAAUUGGAUGCGGCUAGGAUAUGAACUUAUCAAUCAAAUAACCAAUUUACAAUUAAAUACAGCUCUAAAAUCUAUCAAGUCAAUUAAGUUAAUUCUACUGGUUAAUUCGUAUCAAGUUGAGCUGAAAAUUUUGAUUGUUUUGCUUGUUGACAACUCUGGAAAUCCUUUUAUAGGCUUGACUCCGUCGACGGUUCCACGAGCGAUGAGUGAGGAUUCUAUGACUUUGUCUGUGACACUCAAUGGGUUUGACUUGAAGCUCAGACCAAUGCAUGGGCCGCGUAGGAUCCUUGCAAUCGUUUGGCAACUUCAUCGAAAUGCUACUGUAUGUAGUGGUCCUGGUGCUCGAUAUGCGACCCUAGGACUGGGCUACUUCAGUUCGGAAAUACCAUAUGGCAGAAUGCGAGGAACGUCUUUGUGCCAGGACCCCGUUUAA